ACCUCACCCUCCAUCACAGGCGAGCGAGGGCCCAAAUCCCAAACAGCACCCCACGACCGUCUGGAGCUCCAUCUAUGCCCCAGUGGGUCCCAUCCUCCAUCUCCCUCAACCACCAAUCAUCAGACGACGCGUAGUCUCCGAUAUUACAACGAGGAACCACGAUUGAUUCGCUUCAACAGAAUACCCGCGAUUCCCAUUUUUAUUUCUCACCCGCAUUGAAACGUAAGGAAUUUUCUUUUGUUCCUUUUUCUAAAUAAAAAUAUAUUUAAUUUAAUUUACACUUAAUUUUUUCUUUCUUCGGCGUCGCGGGUGGCCUUUAAAUGGUGACGAGGAAAGUGAGCGGGAACGCGUACAGCUUUCUUUGUUUCCUCUCGACUUAAGCGUCGUACACGAUUUUAUUAUUUCUGCUCGUUACUCUUCUCCUUCUCUCUUUUACAUAUUCUCUUUUUUUUUCUCUUUGUUUUUGAGAUCUGUGCGUUUUUUCCUUUAGCUUCUCUGAAAGCUUCGUUUUGUAAGAACUGGAAACCGUUGCAGUGAUGGCUCCUCCAAUUGAGACUCCAACCAAGUCCUCUGACUCUUACUUCUUUUCACAUCCUCCUUUGAAUGAAAGGAUUCUUUCAUCAAUGGCCAGGAGGUCCGUUGCUGCUCACCCGUGGCAUGAUCUUGAGAUCGGACCUGGAGCUCCAGUGGUUUUCAACUGCGUGAUUGAAAUUGGGAAAGGGAGCAAGGUGAAAUAUGAACUUGACAAGAAAACUGGUCUGAUCAAGGUUGAUCGUGUGCUUUACUCAUCAGUAGUGUAUCCUCACAACUAUGGUUUCAUCCCUCGUACUCUUUGUGAAGACAAUGAUCCCAUGGAUGUCCUAAUUAUUAUGCAGGAACCAGUUCUCCCAGGAUGCUUUCUUCGGGCUAAAGCGCUAGGUCUGAUGCCUAUGAUUGAUCAGGGUGAGAAAGAUGACAAGAUUAUUGCUGUCUGUGCUGACGAUCCAGAGUAUCGUCACUACAAUGAUAUCAAGGAACUUCCACCCCACCGUUUGGCUGAGAUUCGCCGCUUCUUUGAAGACUACAAAAAGAAUGAGAACAAGGAAGUUGCUGUUAAUGACUUUCUGCCAGCCUCUACUGCUUAUGAGGCAAUCCAGCAUUCCAUGAAUCUCUAUGCGGACUACAUUGUGGAAAGUUUGAGGCGGUAGUUGUUCAUCGCAUCUCCAUCCAUAUAUGCAUGCCGACUGCACCCUGCACGCACUGGUUUUACAACAAAGUAAAUGUGUGCUUAUCCCUCAUAGUACAUUUUCUAGGUGAAAUGGUUAUUUGGUGUUUAUUAAUUAUGACAAUUAUGCAAUGAUGAUGGCGAUAAUUUUGCAUAAAUCUCACUGUAAUGAUGAUGGCUAUAAAAUUUUUCCUUUGUUGCCUCGAUUUUGUUUUUUUUUGUUGUAUAAUAAUACCUGUUUGAUGUACCAUAGUUUACAGUUUUGUGAAUUGUUUUAUUGUUAUUUGUUAUUUGUUAUUUGCUUAAACAGAAUUGCCCGCUAUGAUGGAUAUCUUUCUAGUUCUGCAACCCUUUCAUUCAGUCCAUGUUUUCUUUAUUUUUCACUUGCUAUGGUUGUCGAUAAACAAAUGCGAACCAUGAUGUUUUUGUAUCGAAUGCCACCAGUGUGGUAGCCUAGCUUGACCAUUGCUCAGAGCAGACAGUUCUGGUGGAAGUCAGAAGUUGGAACAUUUUGAAUUUGCUGGGACGGGAUAUGUAGAUUUGAUGUGUAAAAGCCAGAGCUGAACUCUUGGGCGGCAUGGUUAUGAUCGAGUUCAUGGCAAGGAGUUGCAAUAGGUU